ACUUAAACUGCCCGCGACUCAGCCCUCUUGCCUCCUAUCAACCGCACCCGGUUUGGCAAUCAGAGAAACAUCAAAGAGAAUUGCAAUUGCAUGGCAAACUUCCCGAACCUGCGCCGCCUCUUCAUUGAGGCAAGGACCGACCAUGAAGAGCGAGAUAUCUCAAGGAGAGCUUUCUACAAUGCGGUGCUGUUCCUCGGCUCCGUCACCGUCUUUAGCUUGAUCGCGCAUAAAAUGAAUGCCAACAAGUGAUCUGCAUCUGCUUCCGCCUGAACUGUGACGCCGCCCUUCAAACUGCAGCAAUUUUGAGGAAGUGGGUAUCUGUACGUU